AUGCCACAGGAACAGUCCGAGGAGGUAGGAAAGGCACUUCAGACCUGCGUAUCCCACCUUGACUCCUGCCUCAAGUUUGGUGAGCUAAUAGGCACUUCGCAAUGGACCUCUGAUGACGACUCGGAUCUAUCAAUUGCCUGGAGCUUGUUUAUGGACAAUUUCAACAUUGCCAGCCACCUGCUCAACUUGGCCGAGCUGGGUCCCCAUCUGUUCCUUGGGCUGCAACCCCAAGCAAGCCCUAACCCCCGCCUUGUGACCCUUGGCCUCAUCCGUGGAGAGUCGACUUCUAGCGCAACCUCAUCAAGAGCAGAAACAAUAGAAUACUGGGAGGACUUACGAGGCAGACAAGAGCAGGAUCGCCUGGCAGGCCGUCGACAAGGUACGAUGGGGAUGACACCCACGGGAACGGAUCAACAUCCAAUUUCAUCACCAAGGCCCUCAUCCAUUAAGCCGCCGGAUCCAUCCCAGGCGAAACUUGGCGAAAUACUUACCGCAUACAGCAUCCCCUCCGACUUACCUCCACCAUACCAACCACCGAAGUCCCCCAUCCGCAUCCUGGAUGACAAGGGCCACCACGGCGACCCCCAACUGCACGUAGUCCACCGCGUCGCUUCCGACUCCGCAACUUCUCCCGGACCUGCGUCCGACGCCUUCCAUGAUGAUGCACUGGCAGCCGCCGGGAGCUCCCCCCCGAUUCUUCACACCUCCGCUCCCGCCGCAGAGACCACUGGCAUACAAGCCCAGCUGCACGUCGCUACGCGAGACAGCGGCGCUACAUCUGCUGCGGCAGGGGGCGCCGGACCUUAUACUGCACGCAUUUAA